AUGGCGCCCGAUGUGAUUGACCUCAUAUCCUCGAGUCCCCCGGACCAUUCUAACCCACCACCAUCUGCCCAACUGCCAGUGGAUAUUGCCCUUCCGCCCGCGAAAGAGCAGUACCAAAAUACCAAUGCGACAAAGUCAACUGCGGUAGCGCAUCUACCAAUAUCAAGUUCACUUUUUCUUUCCGAUGAUUUCGACACAACUAUAGAUCUAGACGAGCCAAUCCUAAUCGAUGAAACCCCGAAUAAGAGGCGGUGCUUGUUGCCUCCUCCAGCGCAACAGCCGCCUCUCAAGCGCACAUCCCCGGUGCCAGAAUCUCGAUCAAUUCUACCGCCAGUACGAACGAACACGAACGGGCGACUGCAACCGUUGGAAGAUUCUAUCCAACUCACAAGUUCUCCGGGGUUCCUUUCACCGAGUCAGAUGGGACCUGCGAACGACGCAAGUACAAAACCUACAGAGCAGACGAUUGAGGCUGAAGAUUCAGACCCAUUUGCAAGUUCACCAACGCCAGUGCGACACUCACCACCGAAACUGGUAGCGAAACCAAUAUCGAGAACAGUGGCAAGGCCUACCGAGUCAUCAGACCCCUUCGCUAGUUCUCCCCAUCAGUCAGCGCCAACAACAUCGAAAGAGCCCGACAUCAUUAUAACUUCUCCACCCGCACGCGGACCUGCACCGAAGCUUUUGCCCAAGAAGAAUGCGACAUGGGAUCCAAUAUCCAGCUCAGCACCUGAGAUCUUUUCCUUCGACUCGUCACCACCACGGAAAAAACGAGACGUCAUUAAUAUCGACGAUGAUUCGAAUGGCGAGAACGGGUCCGAAGACGACUUGCCAGAUAUCUCAUCUUUCGAUGUAAACAAAAUGCGACGCCGAUCACAGCUUCAGCGUUCGCAAAGUGAAGUCAUAGGGUCAAGAUCUCGAGCGAAGCCGACAGCCUCAAACAAACAAUCGGCAGCCGAUAAGACACGAGAAAAGGAAGCCAAGGCAGCUGCCAAAGAGCUUGAAAAAGAGGCGAAGAAGCGGGAGAAGCAAGAAGCGAAGGAAGCCAAACUUCGUGAGAAGCAACGGAAUGCAGCACUGGCCGAGGUCAAUAAGCUGCGAACAGACAAGAAGAUCUCGACUCCAGAAAUGAUGGUCGACAUCCCUUCAAGUCUCAAUUCCACAGUUACGACUGCACUUCAGGCUAUGCUCGAACCCUUUGAUGUGCAGUACACAACUUGGGACAGCCCGGUCGAGAACGUGAUCAAAUGGCGUAGAAAGGUCCGCAGUCGAUACAACGAUGAUCUUGGUCUCUGGGAGCCGAUACCUCUUCGCCUCCAAGAUGAGAAGCAUGCGCUCGUUGUUAUGCAUUCUGAUGAAUUUGUCAAGAUCGCAUUGGAUGAUGGCGUUUCUCCUCAUGCCGAGAAGAUGAAGAAACACUUCCCUGAACACCGUAUUGUUUACCUUAUCGAGGGCCUCACACCUUGGAUGCGCAAGAACCGAAACCUUCGCAACCGUCAAUUUGCUUCUACUGUCCGCGCGCAAGAAUCCACCACCGCUGCUAAUCGCCGAAAUAAACCUGCCCAGGAAUAUGUGCCAGAGGAGAAGAUCGAAGAUGCACUUCUGCAGCUGCAGGUCAUGCAUGAGGCUCUAAUCCAUCACACUAUGAUACCGAUGGAGACGGCUGAACAGAUCUUGACCUUCACUCAGCACAUCUCGACGAUCCCCUACCGGAAGCAGCGAGACCAGGCAACACUGGGAGCAGGAUUCUGCAUGGAAAGCGGACAGGUCAAGACAGGUGAGGAUACACACGACACUUACGUUCGUAUGCUGCAGGAGAUCGUGAGAGUCACGGCGCCAAUCGCGUACGGAGUGGCCAACGAGUUCAACACAGUCAGCAAGUUGGUUGAGGGCUUGGAGACCCGUGGGCCAACACGACUGGAAGGUGUAAAGAAGAUGGCUAACAAAGACGGUGCCUAUUCGGAUCGCACAGUUGGACAAGCUGUGAGUAGACGAAUGUACAAGGUAUUCACGGGAGUAGAUGAGACAAGCACAGAUGUUUAG